ACCCGCAGACCUGAUGCCAGAGCACUGGAUGUGUUUGUCCUGCACGAGCGCGCAGGUGUCAGGAUCGCCGUCUGAUGGACGGGGAGGGCGAAACGUCAUCGAGGGGGCACCAGCGAGUUUUGCCAAAGAAAAGCUUGUAGAUCCACACUGGAAGAGGGACACUGGCAGCCGAACAGAAGCAGAGGAAAGCUCUCUCGGCGGUUUCUCCCGGUGACACUAUCGAAGGGAAUACAUAAGAAGCACGACUGAUGGCUGCGUGAGGAGCAUGGAGGGAACAGGACAGCCUGGAGCCGGAGACGCCUUUAGCAGGCAAUGCCCGAUUGCUCCUCUCUAAGCCAUGGCUUGGCAGAAUACAUCCCCAUUCCGAAAUGACUUUGAUCUGGGGGGACAUUACCAGGAUCUGCGUCCUCUUGGAACGGGAGCGUCUGGCCUCGUUCUCUCUGCGGUGGACAGGCGCAGUGGUCUGCGUGUGGCGGUCAAGAAGCUGGUCAUGCGAGAUGCCGUCAGCGUAAAACACGCUCUGAGAGAGGUGAAGAUCACCCGCCGCCUGCAGCAUGAGAACAUCGUCCGGGUUUAUGACGUGUUGGGGCCGUCCGGUCACCCUUUACCACGUGACCUGACCCAUGUGUCAGCGAUAUAUAUUGUGCAAGAGUGUAUGGAAACUGACCUGGCACGGUUACUGGAGCAAGGGCCGUUGCCAGCAGAACACGCCACCCUGCUCUUUUAUCAGCUGCUUCGCGGGCUCAAGUUCAUCCACUCGGCCAACGUGCUGCACCGUGACCUCAAGCCAGCGAACAUCUUUAUCAACACUGAGCAAAUGCUGCUUAAGAUUGGAGACUUCGGUCUGGCUCGCAUUGUUGACCCACAUUACUCACACAAGGGAUAUCUGUCAGAAGGAAUGGUCACUAAAUGGUACCGUUCACCAAGACUGCUGCUGUCUCCAAAUAACUACACUAAAGCAAUUGACAUGUGGGCCGCAGGCUGCAUUCUGGCAGAGAUGCUCACAGGCUGCAUGCUGUUUGCAGGUGCUCAUGAACUGGAGCAGAUGCAGCUGAUUUUGGACACCGUGCCUGUAAUUAGAGAGGAGGACAGACAGGAACUGCUGAAGGUCAUGCCCUGUUUUGUAGGUCAAGGGUGGAAGGUCAAGAGGUCACUCAGAAAACUACUACCAGAGGUGGGGGACAAAGCCAUUGAUUUCCUGGAGUGUAUCCUCACCUUUAAUCCCAUGGACCGGCUGACCGCAGAAGCAGCUUUGUCUCAUCCAUACCUGCAGAGAUACUCGUGUCCUCAGGAUGAGCCUGUCUCCUUGCAGCCUUUUCGCAUAGAGGACGAGCUGGAGGACAGUCUGGUCACGGAGCAGGGUCACGCACUCAGCUCCCACUGGGACAGGUAUGAUGGGAGUCUGUCAUCAGAUGUUUAUUGGCUGCAGCAGGAGCAGUGCGGCUGCAUGCAGAGCGUCUCUGAACUGGGAGAGGCGGAAGAUGACGAAGUUCAAAGAGAUCCACGAGCGAGUUCAGCGGCCCACAUCGAGGAGGCUCAGGUAGACCCUCGCAAAUACUCCCACAGCAGCUCCGCAGAGCGCUUCCUGGAGCAGUCGCACUCGUCUCUGGAGCGCAUCUGCGGUCAGUUCACGGAGCUAGACUGUGGCCGCUCCUGCGAUUACAAAGUGGGCUCUCCGUCCUACCUGGAUAAGAUCGCGUGGCGGGAAGGGAAGCCACAGCACUACUCUGAACCCAAGCUAAUACUGGACCUGUCUCACUGGAGGCAUAGCAGCAUGUCUGCUCCAAGAGGUGGAAGCGUGGAGAAGCCUCUCGCCGAGCCUGGAGAUCUGUUCCAGGAGAUCUCACGCUGGGUGGAGAGCACACAGUCUGGGCUCCACUCACCCGGUUCUCCUCAAGAAGCUCUCACCUCCCCGUCUUCCCCUCCUCAGCCGCUGUCUCCAACAAUGCUGCCUCAUUCUCACAGGCAAAUCCCAGCGGCUUUGCAACUGUCCAGCCCUCACGACAGCAGGAGGAGUCCUAACCCGUUCUUCAGCGCUCCUCCGUCUCUGCUGCCCUCUUCUCCUUCCUCGCCUCAUCACGAUUCAUCAAAUUACGCGUCUUCCUGCAUACGCUGUGAAAACGAUGAAGAGCCCUCGCAGAUGGAUCCUUCCGGAGAAGAACAUUUUGACCUGGACGUGUUGAUCUCUCAGGCUCUGAGGCUGUGUAGUCAGAGCGAGGUACUGGCGGAGAACUCGGACGCUCCCAAAUCAGGCAGCAUUAGUCAUCUUCACAACGUCUCAGAUCACAGACCCUCCAGGACACAAACUCCAACGCCUGAGAUGGUCAAGGCUCGUGGGUGUCAGAAAGAGCACUGGUAGAGGAGAUCUUUGACCUUUUCAUUAUUUUGUUUUUAGUGGAACUCGAGGUGGAAUAAAUCAAUGUGAAUACUGCAGAAGGUAUUUUUCCUUUUUUCUUUUUUUUUGGAGAAUGUUGAUUUAUUACCUGAAGCUAUGAUUCUGUAUUCCAGAAGAAAUCUGAAAUCUUUACCUCUAGAAUGAGGAUAGCCGGGCAAAAAACAUCGGAGAUCUCAAACAGGAUUUGUUUGGAGCCUUGAGGGCACAUGGUGAUGGGAAAUCUUUUUUCUUCCCUUAUUAAACUUUCUCUCUCAAAAAACAAACCAAAAAAUCAGUUCUUCUGAGAAACGUUUGUAUUCUCUCAAAUCAGUUUUUGCGAGACAUCUGUUUGAUUUCCCACAUUUCUUUGAACUUUUCCUUUUUAAAA